GAUGUCGUCCGAUUAACUUUGGACUCGGCUCGACGUCUCGGUGGAGACUUCGAAGAAAGGAGAGUCACACUCUGACAGAAGAUGAAGAAAUUAUUUCUGGGACUCUUUUAACGCGUAUAUCUCUUCCUCAUAUCAUCCCCGAGCCCCUGAGAUGGGCUACACAGGGAUGCUGAUGAUAUCCAUCUUCAUGCGGGGCCACCGUGAAGGCAUCUGUGACCGUACCGAGUCCGGCUCCGGUUUAGCUCGUUAGCAAGCGCGUAAAAUCAGUUUUUUUUUCUCUUGAAGUUUACAACUAAAACUGUUUCUGUGUGUUUUCUAAGUCAAACGAACAAGAUGUGGAGAGCAGUAAGACGCCGUGGAAAGCUUUCCCGAGAAGAAGUAGCGUUAAGUAGCAGGCUAGUCGCCAAACUGUCGGGAAAUGUGGACGAGGUUCCCUUCUUCCAAGUGACAAGCUGAUUUAUAGAGCGCGAGAGAGAGAGAGAGAGAGAACGAGAGAGAGAGCGAGAGAACGAGAGAACGCCUCCAAAGAGAUCAGAGUGAGACUGGCAGAGACGGUGGGCUGGGGACACCAUGAGCUGGAGCUUCUUAACACGACUGCUGGAGGAGAUCCACAACCAUUCCACCUUUGUUGGCAAGAUCUGGCUAACUGUGCUCAUCGUCUUCCGCAUCGUUCUGACGGCCGUGGGUGGAGAGUCCAUCUAUUAUGACGAACAGAGUAAAUUUGUGUGUAACACGGCCCAGCCGGGCUGUGAGAACGUCUGCUACGACACGUUUGCGCCACUAUCGCAUGUCCGCUUCUGGGUCUUCCAGAUCAUACUGGUGGCGACCCCUUCAUUGAUGUACCUCGGCUACGCUGUCAACAAGAUUGCACGGCUAGAGGAGGGUAAGGAGAGUGGGAUUGCGUCUCAGUGCAAGAAUCGCAAGCUGUACCCCAGGCGACAGCAACACCGCGGCUUAGAGGAGGUGGAAGAGGACCAGCAAGAAGAUCCCAUGAUAUACGAAGCUGCUGAGGUUGAAAGCCGGAGUGACGGCGCCCCCCAGGGGCGUGGAGGACCAAAUGCUGGAGGAACCAUCGGUAAGACACGGCAUGAUGGGCGGCAGCGGAUUCAAAGAGAUGGCUUGAUGAGGGUGUACGUGCUUCAGCUUUUUGCCCGUUCUGCCUUGGAAGUGGGCUUCCUUGUUGGCCAGUAUGCACUCUACGGCUUUGCAAUGCCAGCACGCUAUGUGUGUUCGGUCAAGCCUUGUCCACAAAAGGUAGACUGCUUUGUUUCCCGGCCAACUGAGAAGACCAUCUUCUUGCUCAUCAUGUAUGGAGUCACGGUGUUGUGCCUGUUGCUCAACAUUUGGGAGAUGCUCCACCUGGGAGUGGGAACCAUGCUUGACCUUGUUUUCUCUCGAAGGGUCUCAGGCCAGGAUGAGGACGAGAGCCAGCUAACGCCGCUUACCGGUCCACCUGGAAUGCCUGUCAGUGAGGCUGGAGGAGGCAGCGCAGGAUACGGGAGCUACCCUUUUUCCUGGAAUUCAGUGCCCCCUUCAGCACCACCAGGGUACAACAUCUUAAUGAAGCCUGAAUCCAUACCUUUCACUGAGCUAAGCAGCAACGCUAAGACGGCCUGCAAGCAGAACCGCGCCAAUAUCGCCCAAGAAGAGGAGCUGCGGGGCCAGUACGGCAGCACCGAGAAGAAUUUCCUCCAGAGCAGCACCAGCAGCGCGCUCCACAGGGAAAUCCAGCAUGCACAGGAGAGGCUAGAGGCGGCCAUAUUGGCCUACGGUCAGCAGCAGCAGAGCCAGUGCAGACAUGCUAGCAAGCUGCAAGGCAAUCGCAAACAGCAGGACCGCUCAAGAAGCAAGCGAGGAGGAAGCCGAGGGGACUUAAGGAGCAGCAGUAGUGGCAAGUCGGAUGAGGGGAAACCGUCAGUGUGGAUUUGAUGCACGUCUUCCAGUAUCUACUACAACAUUCAAAUGUGUAGUUCAGCCAGAAAUCAAACACAGUUUUACCCCUUGUCCCACAUGUAGUCAGUCAGCCAAGGCAUCUGCUGUCUGAAGUUUGUUCCUUCACUUGCACUGGAGCUACAAGGCUAACAAGUAGGUCAGCGCUACAUGCCUAAAUCGCUACAUGCCUAAACAAUUUUUGUAGGUAACAUUAGUAACACAAACCAGAUAAGCUAUAGGUCACUUUGAGAUUUGAGACCAUGGCCUGGCUGAUCGACUACAUUGAGGGUAAGACAGAUUGCGUAUAUAUGACUUCUGUGCUGAACAGAACUUCAAGCCAGUUUUGAUAAACAAGCAAAGAGCCUGUUGGAUGACUUUGACCUCUUUGGAAAAUACAGGUUGUGUCACUGAAGAGGGCAAGAAGGACGUUCAGUCACAGUGGGAUCAGAACCUCUCAUUGUUGAGGAACUAAACUAAGCAAGACAAACCAGCCUUACUGCGAGGACGUGAUAGUUACCUUCAAAGAUACUUGCCUAAUCACACAUGAUGCUUUCCAUGCACAAUCAAUAAGCUGUAUUUUCCACACUAUUUGUGGGUACUGCUGGCGUCAGUGGCAAUAAAUCUGUAUCCACAGGGUCUCAGACAAAGCAGCCAUUGGCCUUUUUUAGGUUGUUUUGCCAUUUUGAGCUAAGGUUGUUAUUAUUCCUGUGGAACCCACCAACUACCAAAGGGAAACGAAAGAACAAAGUGGACAUACAUGUUUUGUUUUUACUUUUGGACAUGGGUUAUCACUCUUUGGCUGUGUUUCCUAGAGAACAGCUGUGUCUCCUCAGGCUGUAUUGGAAGAUUGUUUUUCUUUAAUUUUGAGCCCAAUCACGAAAAA